UUGCAUAGAGGUAUAUAAACAGUACGCCGUACAUACAGAGAUCAUUCUAACAGGAUUUAUAAAUCAUGCAGGAAAACAACUCCGAUAAUGUGUUAAAUACCGGUAUUCAACAUUCUACAACAAGUCGUAAGAGAAGAAUAUCUUCUGGCAGACUGCAUGAAUGCCUUGGAUACAGCUACUCAACAUUUUAUCGCCGUCAAAAACGGUUACGUGAUGCAGCAUUUAGUGACUGGGACUUAUGGAAACGUUACUGCUCAUCUGCAGAAGAGGUGGCAAGGGAUAAUACAGUAACUAUACCUUCAAGUUCAGCUGUCCAGGGAACAGCGGGUUCACCUAGUAGUAGUGAGACCGUCGCUGUUGUUUCACAAAUUGAAGAGAAUCGUAACAUUUAUUAAUAUGUAAUAAUUAAUUUCUAUAGAACUUCAGGUUGUUCCUAAAAAGAUGACACAAGGAGAGCUAGUCAGAAAGUCAAUUAUGGAAUUAUUCCUUCAGAACAAUGUAACAGGGGCGCUUGCGCAAAAUGUCUUAUGGUAAGUUGCAACUUACCAUAAUUCCUGUCCAACCACAUAUAAAGUGAAAAGCACAUCUAAAUGACAACUUAGGUUCCCACCAACGAUUCUGAUAACAUUUGCAGGUGAUUUCCAAGUAUUGAGAGAGUUAUUUUGUCAAAAAAGACUGUUCUUCACACGAAAAUAGGCUGUAUUGAUAUCCUGAGACAUGAAGUCUUCAUUGAAUGAUACUAUGCCGAAAGAUGCAGCUUCUACAUGGAGUAAAUGAGUGGUGCAAAUGGCAUUACCCUCUAACUAUCCUAUCUCCCUC